UUAUUUAUUCCGUCGUCAUCUAUGUCCCUCUUAUUUUUAAUCUCUCAUUACUCGUCAUAAUCCCUCGACCUGCAGUUCGUUUAGCUAUCUCUAAGGCCUAAGGGCUUCUUCUGCUGCCGCGGCAAGCAGUGUAGUACAGUGCUUGUCUUCUCUGUGAAAACCAUCGUACCCCGUGCUGCUCAAUUCCUCCAAACUCUCACUUCACUCCUUCUCAUCAAUGCUGGCUUCGUCUCUCAAUGCCCAGCAGCUACAGGUCUUGGAUUAAAAAAGAAAAAGGAGGCUAAACGGGGCUACUUUACCAGAGAGACAGACAGAGGGGAUCGAGAAGAAGAUGGCUUACAUGUGCGCGGAUAGCGGCAAUCUCAUGGCUAUCGCCCAGCAAGUCAUCAAACAAAAGCAACAGCAACAGCAGCGCCAUCAGCAUCAGCAGCAGAAUCAGGAACCAGUCAUCCCUGCUAUUGAUGUAGCAUCCAGUGACGGCGACCCCUUUGCCGCCGUUCCGCCGCAGUGGGGAAACCAGCACCAGCAAACUCCACCCAUCCGAGAUCACUUCCCUUUCGCCAUGCCCGAACCCACUUUCCACGACCCCUUUGCCGCCGGUGUGCUCGGCUUCCCGCCGCAGACUCAUAUCGACCAUGCCCCCUUUCGAAUAUCUGAGUUUGACUCCGACGAAUGGAUGGAAAGCCUGAUAGGCGAAUCCCCGACCGAAAGCUCGGAAAUCAUGGCGGAUGUGUGGCAAGGGAGUGAUCUCCCUCCAAUCUUCCCGGAUGCUUUCGCAUCCUGCUCCACAGCCAUCAGCCUUCCAUCUCAGGCUUCCACUUCCGACCUCGACCGAGUCGUUUUCCCCGAUUCGCGCAAAAUCGUCGCACCUCACUCGCUCUCCUUCGAUCCGCCUCCGCCUCCUCAACCGAAGAAGGACGCAGUGGAUUCCAAAUCCCCUCCCCUGCUCUUCAAAUCCCUUCUCGAUUGUGCCCGAAUCAUCGAUACGGAGCCGGAUCAGGCCGCAAAAACCAUCGACCACAUCAGAGACCUUGCUUCAGAUCUUGGUGAUCCGACCGAGCGCGUCGCCUACUACUUCGCCGAAGCCUUAAACAGCCGCCUCACCGGCUGUUCGGCCCCUGAUUUCCGAGAAGAAGAAAUUGCGCUAUGCUACAGAGCCUUCAACGACGCUUGCCCUUACUCCAUGUUUGUUCAUUUGACGGCGAACCAGGCGAUCCUCGAAGCCACUGAAUCUGCGGAGAUAAUCCACAUCAUCGACUUCGGAAUCUCACAGGGUAUUCAGUGGGCCGCGUUACUCCAAGCACUUGCCACACGGCCCACCGGAAAACCCUCCCGGAUUCGGAUCUCCGGCAUCCCCGCAGCCUCCCUCGGCGGCUCUCCGGCGACAUCCCUUGCCGCCACCGGGAAUCGCCUUCUCGACUUCGCCCGACUCCUCGACCUGGAUUUCGAGUUCGAACCGGUGCUUCACCCGGUUCAAGAUCUGACCGCAGCCUCCUUCCGGGUCGAACCGGGAGAAGCCGUGGCCGUAAACUUCACGCUGCAACUAUACACAAUCCUAGGCGAUAGCGACGAGCCAGUGAACCGCGUAAUCCGGCUCGCGAAAUCGGUCCGGCCGAAAGUGGUGACUCUCGGUGAAUAUGAGUGUAGUCUGAAUCGAAUCGGGUUCGUGGAGCGGUUCGGGAACGCAUUGCGAUAUUUCGCGGCUGUGUUUGACUCGGUGGAGUCAUCGCGGGGCCGUGACUCGGACGAGCGGGCCCGGAUCGAGCGGGUCAUACUGGGUCCUCGGAUACUGUAUACGGUGGGCCCGGAGGACGGUCGACAACGAAGGAUGCGAAUGGAGGCAAAGGAAAAAUGGAGGGUAAUUAUGGAAGGUUGUGGAUUGGAAAUGGUUCCUCUAAGCAACUACGCGAUAAGUCAGGCGAAGCUUCUUUUGUGGAAUUACGAUUAUAGCCCCAAGUAUUCGUUAUUGGAUUCCUCCUCUACGGGUAUGCUCUCACUGGCUUGGGAGGAUUUGCCGCUCUUCACGGUUUCCUCAUGGCGUUGAUUGAAGUCUCUUCCAUAAGAAAAUGAAGUAUAAUGGCUUUGUUAAUUAUGCUUUUUUAUUAUGCUAUAAUCUUUUUUUUUUAAAAUCCAAAAUUAACAAAAUUCAAGUA